UGGCUCGCUGUGCGUCACGUGAUCAUAACAAGGAAGGAAAAAAAAUCGAAAGCAGUCUGCAAUGCCAGCAAAAGAUCCUUGCAAAAAGCAUGCUUGCGCCAUCCAAACGUGUUUACAAGCUAACAAGUAUGUGGAGAGCAUGUGUGCGGAUGUGAUCGAUGACAUGCGGCGGUGCUGCCGGAUGCAUGGCGCAAACUCCCUCUGCUGCUCUGGUUUUAAAGAACCAAAAAACAUGGAGAGGAAACCCAACACGUAGCCUCCAACAAGGCUAGUGGGACAACAGCAGAAAGCAUCACUGGCUGCAGUGUAAUUUAUUAAAUAAAUAUAUGAAUAUAUGAAA